UAUCAGGAAAGGAGUCCCAUCCCAUGGCCUCCCACUCCAGGGAGCCAGGGCUCCUGCCCUGUGGGUCCUGUGACAUGGUUUUCCGUUCCUGGGCCCUGCUGGCCACCCACACUCAGCGCUUCUGCAUUGGCCGUCAGCCCCGGGAGCUGACAGUUGGAGAACAGCCCCCAAUAGCCACUGAACCACGGAGGAUUCCUCACCCCACACCCUGUACCCAGGUUGUGCCACAAGAACACCAGGGCCUCCCAGACCAGGAGGCCAGCAAAUCGGCUCUGAAGAGGCUAACAGAUGAGGUGCAGCGGCUGCGGCUGUACCUGCAGGAAAUGCGACCCAGCAUAACAGAGGUCCCCAGCGGGUCACAGGGGCCCUGGAGGCGGUCAGAGGCACCGACUCAGGGUCCCAACUACGAGGCUGCUGGGAGCCCCGGCGAGCGGCUGCGGGCGCUGCACCGGACUCGCGCAAGGCGCUUGGCAGAGACCAAGGCACAGAGCUGUGCCCUCGAGCGACGCGGCGAGGAACUGAGCCGGCACCUCCAAGGUUUGGCUUGGACCCGGGACGGGAAAUCACGCAUAUUCAGCCUGGAGCGGGAGCUUCGAGAACUCCGGGCAGAGGCCGGGCGAACGCGGGGUGCUCUAGAGGAGUUAGGGGCGCACGUUCAGCAGCUACAGGCCAACCCCGGGACCCGGCUGAACGCCUUAAGAGAGGCAGAACUCUGUGGUCCAGUGCUACAGGCAAACCCAGGGACUCUGGCUGCGGAGAUCGGGGCCCUGCGUGAGGCCUACAUUCGAGGCGGGGGCCGGGACACCGGCGUUCUGGGCUGGAUAUGGCAGUUACAAGUGGAGGCGUCAGCUCUGGAGCUUCGGCGGUCGCGGACCCGCAGGGGAAGACAGGCAGGUGCCGCAUUCAAGGAGCUUCUAGCAGUGGAGGCUGAAAAUCGGCGCCUGGAGGCAGAAAUCCUGGCUUUGCAGACGCAGAGGGGUGCAGGCCGGGUGCCCUGGGGGCACGGGGAGCCGAGACUUGUGGUCAAUCCCAGCCCACGCCUGAGAAGGAGGGAAGAUCCCCCAAGGCUCCCGCCUCCAGUGGCUCCCCCGCUGCCGCCGCUUCCACACUCCACAGGCAUCCUAUUCUUGGGUGGCGCCGAAAAGGCUCUUUCUGGAACCAUGACCAGGAACCUGGGCCUGGAUCCACACUUCCUCCUGCCCACAACUGACGUUCUGGGCCCUGCACCCUACGACCCUGGGGCUGGCCUUGUCAUUUUCUAUGACUUCCUGCGGGGCCUUGAGGCUUCUUGGAUUUGGGUGCAACUAAUGACUGGCUUGGCCCGAGAUGGACAGGAUACAGGAGGGACCACAGCGUUGCCCCCAGCCCUUUGCUUGCCCCCACCUCCAGCUCCUGGGCCCAUGGGCAACUGUGCCAUCCUUGCCAGCAGGCAGCCUAUACCCAGACUACGACCCUCACCAUCAGUAUCCUUGGUCUGUGAGCUGCAGGCCUGGCAGGGGCUGGCAUGGGCUAAGGCACCACAGGCAAAAGCCUGGGCCUCACUGGUGUUAUUUGACCGGGAUCAGAGGGUGCUAAGUGGUCGUUGGCGUCUCCCACUUCGGACCCUUCCUCUGGACCCCAGCCUUAGCCUUGGGCAGCUGAAUGGGAUUCCCCAGGUAGGUCAGGCCGAGCUCUUUCUGCGGCUGGUGAAUGCAAGAGAUGCAGAUGUCCAGACACUGGCAGAGAUCAAUCCAGCAAGUGCCCACGAGUACCAGUACCCACCUCUGGUGCCCAACUCAUCUUCACUGGAGGCCAGCUCCCUGGCCCCAACAGCUGGCUUUGUUGACCCCCCUCCUCCUGAAGACCCCACCAGCAGCAGAGUCAAGCACAGAGAGGAGGGUUUGGGCCCUCAGCACAGCUUUGACCCACCCCCACUGGCUUUCUGAGUCCAGAAGAAUGGGCGUAUGAGUAGCUUCACAGGCACAGGACUGGGGCCUAGACUGAGGCCUGUUCUCCCAUCUGCAGCUUUACUACUCCGUGUUCUGACAGAGGGUCUGGAAGCAAAUACAGAUGUGAACACAUAACGUGAGCUCCAAUCACAGCUCUACCAUCUUCCACAAGUACUUGGCCUUUCUUAUCCUUUUGUAAAAAAGAUUGAUGUGAGGAUUAAACAGAUGUCAGGU